AUGUUCAGCAGCAUCCAAUCCGCAAAGCGCAAGGUCAUCACUUUCGGCGACGAUGGCGAGCAGGUCUCCCGUCCCACCAACACAUCAACAGCAACAGAGUCGUCCUCUUCCUCGUCUUCCGUAAGCAAGCACAACGAUACCCAGAACGCCACCACCAAACCCAACGGCAGCAACAUUGUACAGGACAAGGCGUCAUCCUCUUCAUCUUCUACUACAGCCGUGUCUUCAAUCUCUUCAACCUCAGAAGAAACAGGACAGCGUCUCUCGAAGAAGCAGAAGCGUCAACUCCAGCACCAGCAGGACUCUCGGCCCAAGAAGCUGAUCAACAAAGAGCCUACCACUGAGGCCAUGACUCAGAAGGCAAAAGAUCUCAAGAAGCACCGCACCAGUCUGCCCAUUUAUACUGCUCGGGAUAUUAUCAUCAAGGAGGUCAAGGAGAACCCGUGCGUGGUCAUUGUAGGAGAGACGGGAUCAGGAAAGACCACCCAGAUCCCACAAUACCUCCUCGAGGCAGGACUUGCAGCACACGGAACCAUCUCUGUCACCCAACCCCGUCGUGUUGCUGCCAUUAACCUGGCUAGACGUGUCGCAGAAGAGGUCGGGACACCCUUGGGACAAAAAGUCGGUUACAGCAUUCGAUUCGACGAUACCUCCUCCAAGGAUUCGUUGAUCAAGUACAUGACCGAUGGUAUUAUGUUGAGGGAGUUAUUGUCGGACAGGCUGCUGUUGAGGUACUCGGUCAUUAUUCUUGAUGAGGCUCACGAACGGACGUUGAGAACGGAUAUUUUGUUUGGAAUGGUCAAGGGAAUCCAGAAGCAGAGACAGGAUUUGAUUGGUCGUGGGCGCAAGGAUAUUCAGCCUCUCAAGAUCGUCAUCAUGUCUGCCACCCUAGAUGCUGAAAAGUUCUCCGAAUAUUUCUACGGAGCAAAGAUUAUGUACAUUUCAGGACGUCAGUUCCCAGUCAAGAUUCUCAACACUAUCGAACCGCAAUCGGAUUACGUGGAUUCAGCACUCGUCACAGCAUUCCAGAUCCACCAGGAUGAGGCCCCCGGUGACAUCUUGAUCUUUUUGACUGGUCAGGAGGAGAUUGAGAAUAUGGAAAAGCUGAUUGAGGAAUACGCGACCGACCUGCCACCCACCGUCGGCAAGCUAAUCCCCUGCCCCAUUUUCGCCGCCCAGGACACAAGCACCCAGCAAAAGAUUUUCGAGCUCGCACCGCAUGGAACUAGGAAGGUCAUCUUGGCCACCAACAUUGCCGAAACCUCGAUUACUAUCCCCAACAUUCGCUAUGUGGUCGAUACAGGAUGCCACAAGUCGCGUGGAUAUAAUGCCAAAAUCGGAAUCGAGUCGCUGUUGGUCGAACCCAUUUCGAAGUCGUCAGCGCGUCAGAGGAUGGGUCGUGCUGGUCGUGAGGCGCCUGGACUUUGCUUCCGUUUGUAUACCGAGGACUCGUUCGAUCAAUUGGAGGAGGAUGCUAUCCCCGAGAUCAAGCGGUGCAAUCUGGAAUCGGCGAUCUUGUCCCUCAAGGCGUCUGGAAUUGAUGAUGUGACACGGUUCGAUUUCAUGGAUCGGCCGUCGAAGUCGGGACUGUUGAGGUCGUUGGAGCACCUGUAUGCGCUUGAGGCUUUGGAUGAUGAGGGCAAGCUGACUGAUAUUGGAACCAAGAUGGCGGCCUUCCCCGUCGACCCACCCUACGCCAAAGUCCUCCUCCAGUCCGAGAAAAUGGAGUGCACAAAGGAGGCGAUUGAGAUCAUCUCCCUCCUCUCAGUCGACACCAUCUUUUCUGCUCCUUCCUCAAAACGCGAAGAAGCCAACGAAGCCCGCCAGAAAUUCACCUCCCUCGACGGCGACCACCUCACGCUCCUCAACACCCUCCGUGCCUAUGAAUCCGUCAAGGGCGACCGAGACUGGUGCCGCGAAAACUUUAUCAACUCCCGGCAUAUGCGGCACGUCCUCGAUGUCCGGAAACAGCUCAUCCAAUUCGCCGAACGGUCUGGUAUGGAUCCCAAAAAGACCUGUGGACAUGACCUCGAGAUUGUGUUGAAGUGUUUUCUGGCCGGGUUCUUUCAGAAUACUGCUUUGCUCCAGCCAGAUGGGACAUAUAAGAGUAUCUUGGGAGGUUUGACGGUUAGUGUGCACCCUUCGAGCUCGUUGUUUGGCAAGAAACGGGAGGCGAUUAUGUAUGAUGAGUUGGUUUUCACGACCAAGCAUUUUGUGAGGGGUGUUAGUGCAUUGGAGAGUAAUUGGCUUUCGCAGGCGGCACCUAAAUACUUUGGGCAGCGGCAUGCGUAA